AUGCCCACCAAGCGUACGCUCCGGGGCGAAAUCACCUACUCCCAGGCCAAAGAGAGGGAUGGUAAUGUCGUACACGAACUGUCUUACACGGGCGAGCAGGCAAAGUUCUACACGCGCAUAUACCGAAAUCGUGAUGCGAUUUCCGAACUCGUUGCCCAUCACCUCGGCAUCUGUCCUGCAGCUUGUCAAGUGGAAGAACCAAAGAAAUGGAUGAGUGGCAGCUUCAACCUCUGUGUCCCUGUCAACGUCAAUGCGUUACGACGCGUGAUCAUGCGCUUUCCUCUCCCCUACCGCGUUGGCGAGAACUUUCGUCCUGGAAACGCCGAUGAGAAGGUGCGUUGCGAGGCUGCAACCUAUGCUUGGAUCAGCCGGGAGCACCCAUCAAUUCCAAUACCGCAUUUAUAUGGAUUUGCUCUUUCAACCGGCCAGCUUUUUACUUCGAGAGAACAUCUACCGUUUCUCACACAGCUAUGGCAUUCCCUAAAAUGCACAUUUCGAAAGCUACUCCGACUUCCCCUUCCAUCUCGACUGGUUCAACAUCCAACCGCUAUCCCCAAUAAACUUGGCCCGUAUUUGCUCAUAGAUUUCAUCGAGGAGACGGAUGGAAGGAUGCUCUCAGAUGACUGGCAUGACAAGUAUGAUGAUAAUCAAACACUACGGAUGAAUUUGUUUCGAAACCUUGCAAAUGUCAUCCUUACCCUCAGCCACAAGCCCUUGCCAAAAAUCGGAUCCUUUACAAUUGAUAACAAUGGCUUUCUGCGACUGGAAAAUAGGCCUCUCUCAGCGGAUUCCACAAUUGUGGAAAACGAGGAGACAACUCUUGAUAUUCCCCGAGACCGCGUGUACCAUACAGUCGACUCAUACGUUAAUGAUCUCCUAUCCGUCCACGACAACUACUUGCGCUACCAGCCGAAUUCACUCGCUCGUGUGGCGGAUUGUGUCACUCAAAUGUCAGCAUUAUCCAUGAUGCGUGCUCUAUCAGCCCGGUUUCUCGAGCCUGGUCUGAACCAUGGACCAUUUUAUCUUAACUUGACUGAUUUGCACGCAAGCAACAUUCUUGUUGAUGAGGACUGGAAUAUCAAAUACCUGAUUGAUCUUGAGUGGGCCAUUGCGCAACCAUUGGAAUUCAUGCAGCCGCCUUACUGGUUAACUGGCGAGACUGUGGAUGAAAUAAGCCCUGAUAAAUACAGUGAGCGUCAUAAGGAGUUUAUGGAAGUGUUCAAGGAGCAAGAGCGCAAGAUUCACCCGCCUCACUCCAUACAGUGUUCCUCUGUCAUGAAGAGGUCCUGGGACACUGGUGCUUUCUGGUACAUUUUAGCGCUGCAGUCCCCAUCUGGCCUCAGCAAACUCUUCUAUGCACGGAUCCAGCCCCAAUUUACAACGGUAGACAUGGACAGAAUUCCGUUUCUCCUGACAACAUAUCAACAUUGGACGCACGACGCAGCGGGAUUUCUGAAGACGAAGGUCAAAGAUAAGAUGGAGUAUAACGAGCGGCUUCAACAGAUAUUCGGGGUGGAGGACAAAGCGCUCAACGAGGGUCUCAAAAAUGACCUAGAUAGGUUUGAGCGUGCAAAAAUAUCAUUGGGAUGAGCCGCCAUACCUCUUCUCCCAUAUUUUCCCUCGAUUAUCUUGGAUUAUUUCCACCAGUGUCGCCUGUUUUCCCUGCCGCCGCGAUAACGUCUUUAUCAACAGCUCUUUUUACUGCGUUAUCCAAUUCCUCUGCCCCUCUCGCAAACCUAGCUUGUUGGGCAGCUUUCCCCGAGGUGGAGAGCUGCUUUCGUUCGUUUGCGUUGGCUUUGAUUGCCUCGAAAAUAACAGGAUCAUAGUCUGCGGACGACACAGAGUCCCGUUUUACAGAGUCUUGUUUAUUCUCGGCGGACAUGAUAUGAUGUAGGCAACGGGUGGAGACGGACGAUGUUCUUCCCAAUUCUAGGGAUCAAGAGUUAUUUUAGUGUUCGGGCUUGUGAUAUCUUAAAUAGUCUUACCCGGCAGCGUUGUAAUGCAGUUUUCUCAGAACUCCG